AUGCCAACAACCACUUUUUGCCCGCCACACCCAGCAUUACUCAUACCCGAAAUUGUGAGCCACAUCCUAGCGUUUGUUGCUCCCGACUCCACAGCAACGACGAAAAAGAGGGCUUUUGUUGGAUUGCUACAGUGUUUGCGAGUGAAUCAACUGUGGCACGAUUGCGCAGCGCGACUCCUAUGGCGCGACGUUUCUUUUGACGAAUCGAAUUAC